CCUCUUCGGGCUGGGACAUGGCCGCGCGGUCGCUGUGGGCGGCCGGGCGGCGGGUGCCGCGUCUCCUGGUCUCCGGGCCCCCGGCGGAUGGCAGGGGAUGGCUGCACCCAUUCAGCACUGCAACCCAGAGAACUGCUGGGGAAGACUGCAGUUCUGAUGACCCUCCUGAUGAGCUUGGGCCCUCUCUUGCUGAACAAGCCUUAAGGCUAAAAGCUGUUAAACUGGAGAAGGAAGUCCAGGAUUUAACACUAAGAUGCCAGAGAGCUGUAGCUGAUUGUGAGAACAUACGGAGACGGACCCAGAGGUGUGUGGAAGACGCCAAGAGAUUUGGAAUCCAGAGCUUCUGCAAGGACUUGGUGGAGGUGGCAGACAUUUUGGAGAAGACAACUGCAUGUUUUUCUGAAGGAGCAGAGCCUGAGGACCAGAAGCUCACUCUGGAGAAAGUCUGCCAUGGGCUGUCACUUUUGGAAGCAAAGCUGAAAAGUGUGUUUGCCAAGCAUGGCCUGGAGAAGAUGGCACCCAUUGGUGAUAAAUACGACCCACAUGAGCAUGAGCUCAUCUGUCAUGUGCCAGCAGGUGUUGAGGUGCAGCCUGGCACUGUGGCAAUUGUAAGGCAAGAUGGCUACAAACUUCAUGGCCGUACCAUUAGACUUGCCCGGGUGGAAGUGGCCGUGGAGUCUCAGAGAAGGCUGUAAACAGGCCAUCAGGAACUGAGUGUUCUCCCAGAGUACAGUCACCUGUGUUCCUUUAUUUAUUAAACUAGGUUUGUAUUGUA